CGCCCUUCACUCGGAGUUCCUGUUUCCCUUGUCUCAGUUAUAGAUGAAGCAACUUGCACAACACUCUUGAAAUACGAAGCAAGAAGAAUAAUACUUUAAAGUAACGUGAUCAUUAUACCUCUUUAUCCAUCAAAGUGGCUUCAUUCCACAUACUCUCUUCUGUGCUUGCAUGAAUCUUGCAUGAAAUAUUGGACAAGCCAGAGCGUUUGGGAAGAAAUUUCCACAGCUGUUAAUCUUUGCAAUGGCUGUGCUCAGGUUCCAGCGUAUCUUCUUUAGGAGCUUUGUGGGGUCCAGAGGAGCCACCCCGGUAGUGCUCACCUUCCUUCUGAUUCCAUGUUGCUUGACUCAAGAGUUCAGAGCACCCCCUUUUAUCCCAAAUGUAUCUUUCCUCUGGGGCUGGAAUGCCCCAACUGAACUUUGUGCUCAAAAGUUUAACGUGCAGCUAGAUCUGAACCUUUUCUCUUUAAUAGGAAGCCCUCAAAAAAGCGCCACAGGACAAGGCAUCACAUUAUUUUAUGCUAACAGACUUGGCUACUAUCCUCACAUAGAUGAAAAGACUGGCAAAAAUGUGAAUGGGGGAAUCCCCCAGUCUGGAAACCUAAAAAAGCACUUGGAGAAAGCCAAGAAAGAUAUUGCCUAUUACAUACAAACAGACAGCAUAGGCCUGGCUGUCAUUGACUGGGAAAACUGGAGGCCUAUCUGGGUAAGAAACUGGAAACCUAAAGAUAUUUACAAGCACCAGUCUAUUGAGUUGGUUCAGCAACACCACAUUGAACUUAAUGUCACGGAGGCCACCAAGAUAGCCAAAGCAGAUUUUGAAAAGGCAGGAAAGUGUUUCAUGCAAGAGACCUUAAAAUUGGGAAAAUCCCUUCGGCCAAAUUAUUUAUGGGGUUAUUAUCUUUUUCCUGAUUGUUACAAUCAUAAUUAUAAAAAACCUGAUUACAAUGGAAGUUGCUCUGAUUUAGAAAAGAAAAGAAAUGAUGAACUCAACUGGAUGUGGAAGGAAAGCACAGCCCUUUUCCCAUCCAUUUAUUUGAAUACCAAAUUAAAAUCUUCUCCAUACGCUGCUCUCUAUGUCCGCAACCGUGUUUGGGAAGCCAUUCGGAUUUCUCAAGUAUCCAGUGUUAAACAUCCACUUCCAAUUUUUGUAUACGCCCGCCCAGUUUUUACUGACGUGUCUUUGAAAUAUCUUUCUGAGGAUGACCUUGUGAAUACAAUCGGUGAAACAGUUUCUCUAGGUGUCUCUGGAAUAAUAAUGUGGGGAAGCCUCAAUUUAAGCCAAAAUGUGCAAUCUUGCACAGAGCUAGACAAUUACAUGACGAAUACACUGAAUCCUUACAUAAUCAACGUCACCCUAGCAGCGAAAAUGUGUAACCAAGUGCUUUGCCAGGAGCAAGGAGUGUGUAUAAGGAAACAUUGGAAUUCAAAUGACUAUCUUCACCUGAACCCAGAUAACUUUGCUAUUCAACUUGAGAAGAGUGGAAGAUACACAGUACAAGGGAAACCCACACUUGAAGACCUGCAGCAAUUUUCCAAAAACUUUUAUUGCAGUUGUUAUGCCAAUGUCCGUUGCAAGGAGAGAGUUGAUAUGACUGAAAUUCAUACUGUUAAAGUAUGUGUGGCUGCAGAUGUUUGUAUAGAUUCCUUUCUAAACUCAGAACCCAGUGGUCAUCUUUCUAGCUGGAAGGGGAAAUCUGCCACUGCCAACAAUAUCUUAGCCGCCAUGCCACCUGCCACACGGUCUCCAUGUGAUCCUGGUAAAGAUCUUAGCAGGUGCCUCAAAGCCAGAUUUACAGUAGAAGGCAACUCCCAAACCCCUCAAGUGGGCUAUCAGAGUGUAUUCAAUAAAAAUAAGAAACAAUAAAACAACCUAUUCAAGUA